CGUAACAUGUGUGUAUAUAGAGACGCGUGUUGUUUGUGAAGCUGUGAUAAUAACAGGAACUCAAUUACCGCCAAAACAUUGGUCUAGUACACGUGUUAAUGCAGUGCCUAGUGAUAUUAAUCGUCGUAUUGUUAAAAUAGGUGUUAUAGCACCUGCGGAUCCACACCAUGAGCAAAGUUUACCUCGAAUUUUACCAGCAGUCAGUCUGGCUGUUAAAGCUGUUAGUUCUAGCAAUGGUCCACUUCCUGGUUGGACCAUCACUGUUACUUACCGUGAUUCCGAAUGCUCAAGUACUUGGGGCUCUCUUGCUGCGUUCGAUUUUUAUACCAAUCGCACUGCAGAUGCAUUUUUGGGACCCGUAUGUGACUAUGCCAUCGCCCCUGUGUCACGAUACGCCGGAGUAUGGGGAAUCCCCGUAUUGACAACCGGUGGUCAAGCGGACGCAUUUCUACACAAGGGUGAACAUUAUCCAACAUUGACCCGUAUGAUGGGCUCGCAUCGUCUCGUUGGCGAAGCCUUGCGUCACAUACUUCACAGUUUUGGUUGGACAACGGCAGCUCUUAUUUACCACAAUCACGCAAUGGAGAGUAGCAAAGGGCAUUCCGAGUGUCAUUUCACUCUCAGCGCGGUAUUUUCAGCACUUAACAAGACGUCUGUACACAAAAGCUUCGAUCAAGAGACCAACAACAUCAAUGACUACCGGAAUCUACUUAAAUUUGUGUCCCAAUCUGCCCGGAUUGUUGUUAUGUGUGCAAAUGCAACUACAAUAAGAGAAAUACUUCUGGCGGCUGAAGAACUGGGAAUGGUCGAUUCUGGAGAAUACGUUUUUUUUUCAAUCGAUUUAUCUUCAAGUGAUAAUAAUUCAAAAGAGCCAUGGAGAAUGGAAGGUGACAGUGCCGAACGUAAUGAAAAAGCCAGAAAAGCAUAUCAAGCUUUAUUAACAGUGACAGCACGUACGCCCGACAACGAGGAAUACUUGAAUUUUUCACGUGAAGUUAAAUCACUGGCGCAAAGCAAAUACAACUUUACAUUUGGGAACAGUUCUUUAUCAACUUUUGUUGCUGCGUUUUAUGAUGCUGUAUUUCUAUAUGCACUCGCGCUCAAAGAAAGCCUGCCCGAGCAGUCUGGGGAAAUAAACCUGGACGGUGGAAAUUUGACUAAAAGAAUGUGGGGGAAAAGUUUUAAAGGUAUUACCGGAGAUGUAAAUAUCGACGAAAAUGGAGACAGAAUUGCUGAUUAUUCAUUAUUAGACAUGAAUCCAGAGACAUCAAAAUUCGAGAUUGUGGCGAAUUACUACGGAGUAAACAAAACCCUUGAAUACGUACCCGGUAAAAGGAUCCAUUGGUCUGGAGGAAGAUUGGAACCACCUCCAGAUACACCUAAGUGUGGGUAUGAUGGCUCACUAUGUCCAGAUAACACAUUGCCAGGUUAUGCGAUUCUUUCAAUUGUGCUCAGCUCUAUUGUCGUCGGUUUAGUCGUGGCAUCGGUAAUUAUUUACAGGCACUAUAAACUCGAAGUAGAGAUAGCGUCUAUGACGUGGAAAGUUCACUGGGAGGAUGUGAUGGUCGUACCAAUUGGUAGAACACGUGGUUCGAUGCAUUCACUUGCUCCAAAUAAACAACGCGGCAGUCAAUUGACAGUGUAUUGGGAUGAUGAUAUUAGUUUACCAGGUGGGGGCGGAGUCGAUAGAAAUGUCUAUAUACCUACUGGAAUAUAUAAGAAUUCAAAGGUCGCAAUAAAACCACUUCCCAGAACAAAAGUCGAAAUAUCAAGGCCGCUGUUGCUCGAAUUAAAGCGCAUGAAGGAUCUUCAGCAUGAUCACUUGGUACGAUUUUACGGUGCAUGUGUGGAGCCACCCCACUGCUGUUUACUCACUGAAUACUGCCCCAAGGGAUCACUGCAGGAUAUCUUAGAAAACGAUCAGAUAAAGUUGGAUCGAGUUUUCCGAGGCUCCCUAAUCCACGAUAUCGUGAGGGGGAUGGCGUAUCUACACGCGUCGGAAGUUAAAAGCCAUGGGAAUCUCAAGUCCUCGAAUUGUGUUGUCGACUCGAGAUUUGUGUUGAAAAUAACCGACUUUGGAUUACAUGAAUUACGCAAACCGAGUGCUGGUGAUUCGGACGAGGACAGAGACAGUUACGCUCAUUGGAAAAAGCAGCUGUGGACGGCACCGGAGCUGCUGAGAAUGGAGCGACCAUCGCCAGAGGGUACUCAGAAAGGAGACGUCUACAGUUUCGCCAUAAUCGUACACGAGAUCGUGGUACGUCAAGGACCAUUUUACUUAGGAGAAGACACCAACUAUUCCCCAAGGGAAAUAGUUGAAGGCGUAAGAAGAGGUGGGGGAUCUCCUUUAAGACCACUAAUCGAUGAGGCUGCUGUUGAGGAAGAAGUCGCGACAUUAAUGAGACGAUGUUGGGCACAGGAUGCUGCAGAUAGACCAGACUUUCCAGCACUCAAGCAAACUAUUCGUAAAAUCAACAAAGAUUAUGAGAGCAGCAAUAUUUUGGAUAAUUUAUUAUCACGUAUGGAACAGUACGCCAAUAAUUUAGAAACACUAGUCGCGGAGCGAACUGCCGAUUAUCUCGAAGAGAAACGUAAAUGUGAAGAAUUAUUGUAUCAGCUGUUACCCAAAUCCGUAGCAUCACAAUUGAUACUAGGCCAGAGUGUGAUCGCCGAAACAUAUGACCAAGUAACAAUAUACUUCAGUGACAUUGUCGGGUUUACAAGUUUAUCUGCUGAAAGUACGCCACUCCAAGUAGUCGAUCUUCUCAACGAUCUCUACACAUGCUUUGACUCUAUUAUCGAAAACUUUGACGUUUACAAGGUUGAAACGAUAGGGGAUGCUUACAUGGUUGUGUCAGGGCUACCUGUCAGGAAUGGCAUGAAUCACGCGAGAGAAAUCGCGAGAAUGAGUCUUGCGCUACGUGACACUGUCAUGACAUUCAGUAUCCGCCAUAGGCCUAGUGAACAACUUAAAUUACGUAUUGGAAUGCAUUCUGGACCGUGCGUUGCUGGUGUCGUCGGUCUUAAGAUGCCGAGGUAUUGUCUCUUUGGGGACACAGUUAACACGGCAUCCAGAAUGGAAAGUAAUGGCGAAGCUUUGAAAAUCCAUGUCAGUCCAAAGACCAAAGAGAUAUUGGACACCUUUGGUACAUUUGAGCUUUGCUGCAGAGGAGAAGUUACAUUGAAGGGUAAAGGUAAAAUGACGACCUACUGGCUGGUGGGUGAGAAGCCGACCAACAAUAAUGUUCAAGAAAACAAUUCAAACUCAACGAGCGACCAGAAUCCUCAGCAGCCGCCCAAGCUCGACCAAAUUCAAGGAUCUCAGAGUUCCUGCACAAGAAAUAUCAUAAAUAUGACUACUGGAAACGGGGCGCCGGGCAAUCAUCCCUUAUUGUCGCCGUCGCACCAGAGAAACUCGACUACACAUUCAGCAAAUCCUUCGUCUCAUUUGAAUCAACAGUUUUCACCCUCACCAGGUAGCGAUAAUAUUCCUAACCAUACUGAAAGCGCUGCUAAUACUCCAUUAUUGCUGUCUAAUGGAUCUUCUCGAGCUUAAAAUAAUAAUAAAUAAUUAUAAUUAUAAUUACAUCUCAUUCCUUAGCUUAAAAUCAAAUUAUCCGCUUGACAAAAUUCUGCCAUUAAAUUGUUUAAGUGCUGGAACACUUAAUUAAUAAAUUUAUUUAAUCAUAUACAUUGAAAGCAUAAAUAUUCAAAUUUAUUUAUGUAUAUUUUGUUUGGUAUAAAUAAAUUUUUAUUUUACUGGCUGAGUUAUUUAAAUAAAAUAUUUAUGAUGAUGAAAAAGCAUUGGGGCGAAUGUAGAGAAGAGGGAGAAAGGGGAGGGCUAAUGGAAAGAGGGUGAAGUAGUUGUGUAUAAUAAUAAUAAUUGGAAAAAGUUAAACAAAAUAUAAUAAUUGCGAUACCAUGUGUACAAUCGAACCAGUCUACCUCUAAUGGGAGGCUCGAGGGUUUUAAAUGUCAAGGAUUAUCUAAUUGAUUAAUCGGAAAAAAUGUUAUUUAAAAUGAUACAUUCUAAGUAAAGUUAUAAAAAUUGAGGGAGAAGGAAAGGUCAAAAUGCGUUUACACUAGUAAGUAAUCACUUGUUAAAGACUAAGUUAGGGGUAAGAUGACGUAAUGGGCUAAAAAUAAAUGGAUUUUUUUUUAUUCCCAAGCUUCGACUAAAUUGACUGUUUUGAAUUUUUAUUUAACACCAUGGGAUAAAAACACAUUUAUUUCGGUACCUAUUGAAUUUAUGAUUAAAAUAUAUCAGUACAUUUUUGUAGAUCAUUGAAUUCUCUACAAAAAAGAUUUCAUAAAUAUUUUUCAUAAAACCACAGGUUUCAGAGUUACAGCCCACGAAAGUUUAAAAAAAAAACUAAACCAUUGUUGUUGGUUUUAAUUUUAAAAAUCAAUUUAUUGAAUUAUCUAUCAGAGGUAGGGUAAAAAUUUAUCAAUACUUUUUUGUAGAGCAUAAAAUUUCCUACAAAAACUGACUGAUGAGUUUUAUUCAUAAAAUCAACCCUUGUAAAGUUACAACAAAAUUAGCGAUAUAUUAACGUCAGUAAAUUGUAAGACGAAACUAUUUGUCGGAAGUUCGGAAAAUUUAUCUCGAUCUUUAUACUCUGAGUGAUAUAAAAUCUAUAGUAUACUAUAAAGCUUAUAUAUAUAUUUUUUUUCGA